AUGGCUACCCCCCUUGCUGCUACUACCAGUGCCACCACGACAACCACUACAGCAACAGCAACACCCUCCAAAACAUCCACCUACUUUUCCAAGAUCUCCUCUCUCGCCAAAUCCAUCCAAACCUCGAUCAAAUCCUCCUGGUCCAAGCUAUCCACCUGGUCCAAGAGCUCGUGGAACUCGUUCACUUCGACCUGUAGUAAAGCGUUGACUAGCUUCAAGUCGUUCUGGAAGAAGGGAUGGGAUGGGUUCAAGUCGAUCUGGACGACGAGUUCUGGCAGCGAAAAGAAGGUUGAAGAUGUGGAAAAGGGGAAAGUGGUCGAGCAGGAAACGACUGUGAAGACCCCCGAAGGCGGGGUAGAACAGAAGAAACAAGUCAUUCAAGUUACAGAGAAACCUCAGGAAGAUGGGGGUGGGGUUGUCAAGGAGGAAGCAGUGGAGACCAAGACUGUGGUCGCUCCUACCGGAGAAAAAGUCGAGGCGGCAAAGACGACGGUGACGCAAGAGAAGGUGGAUGAUAAGGGCGACAUCUUAGCCCAAGAGAAGAAGGUUGACGAGGCUGCUGAGACUGCUUGA